AUGGAGAAGUUGGGUGUCGUAUGGAGAAGUUGGGUGUCGUAUGGAGAAGUUGGGUGUCGUAUGGAGAAGUUGGGUGUCGUAUGGAGAAGUUGGGUGUCGUAUGGAGAAGUUGGGUGUCGUAUGGAGAAGUUGGGUGUCGUAUGGAGAAGUUGGGUGUCGUAUGGAGAAGUUGGGUGUCGUAUGGAGAAGUUGGAUGUUGUAUGGAGAAGUUGGGUGUCGUAUGGAGAAGUUGGGUGUCGUAUGGAGAAGUUGGGUGUCGUAUGGAGAAGUUGGGUGUCGUAUGGAGAAGUUGGGUGUCGUAUGGAGGAGUUGGGUGUCGUAUGGAGGAGUUGGGUGUCGUAUGGAGGAGUUGGGUGUCGUAUGGAGGAGUUGGGUGUCGUAUGGAGGAGUUGGGUGUCGUAUGGAGGAGUUGGGUGUCGUAUGGAGGAGUUGGGUGUCGUAUGGAGGAGUUGGGUGUCGUAUGGAGGAGUUGGGUGUCGUAUGGAGGAGUUAGGUGUCGUAUGGAGAAGUUGGGUGUCCUAUCGAGAAGUUGGGUGUCCUAUCGAGAAGUUGGGAUGA